AUGAACGGAUCCAACGAACAAAUGAGUGAAGCAUCCCUCCAACAGUCGAUCGCGGUGUCCCUGUCAGCUGUGGGUCCCUCCCCUGACUUGGGAAGUGUCGUUUCGGUUAGCAGUGCCCCGACGAUGUGGACGCAACAGCAAACAACUGCUGUUGUUUCAACGCCCAGAUCGGCCGUUUUCGUUUCAAGUCAGGCCCCCACCACCGUUAACUCAGGCUCUCCCAUCGUUUUCACUCCGGCGCCUACCUCUAUUAAUGGACCGAUUGUAGUUGCUCCUGCUCCCGUUGUCAAUGCGGAUGUUCAGUCCUCUUCUCAGACUAAUGGUGUGGUGUCAGCGUCUGAUUCAACAACAAAGACGACCCCUCUCUCCGAAACAGCUCCUCUCCUCCCAACUUCUACGCCCUCAGUCAGCCAAUCGGCAGCCGUGAUCACGACCCCUACUGAUUCCUCUCAGCAAAAACAGAAGACUGUUUUCAACACCAAGUCCUUGCUAGAGUUGGUGAAGGAGACAGACCCAUACUUACAACUAGACGAUGAAGCCGAAGAGGCUCUCACGACCCUAUCCGAGGAAUUUAUUGAGAAAGUUGCUAAGCGGUCCAUAAAAAUGGCGAUUCAUCGAGGAUCUCCCACUGUUGAAGCCAGAGAUGUAAAAUUCUGCCUCGAUCAUGAUUGGAACCUAUUCAUUCCAGGCUUCCCCGCGGUUGAGAAGAACUUGAAACGGCCAUUCAUCCUGCAGGCUCAUAAACAGCGUCUAGCUUUGAUUAAGAAGCAGAUCAAGCGGAGUUGA